UUAACAAAUUCAUAUCCCUCAUUCUCUCCUUUAUUAUCAAUAUAUAAAGGGAAAAAGCAAAAUACAUAAGCAUACAACUUUGCCUCUUUAAAUAAAGAAAUGUAUCAUCAUUUCUUUCUAACUACCAUUCUAACAAAUUAAAGCCAAGUGCCUUGUUUUUCUUUUGGAGAAAAGGUGAUGGAGAAGCUAACGGAAUUGAGCCACCUCUUUGUCACCGUCUUCCUCGCUGCACUGGCCGGUAUGAUGGUGCUUCCGGCGAUGGCCGACGUCACCAUGUUCGCUCUUUGCCCCGGUCGCGACCAGUGCUCCCUCGCCAUUUACAUUUCUGGAAUUCAGCAAGCUAUCAUUGGGGUUGGAUCGGUUGUGAUUACUCCUCUAAUAGGGAAUCUAUCUGAUCAAUAUGGCAGGAAAACUAUGCUCACUAUCCCUUUGACUAUCAACAUCAUUCCAUUAGCUAUACUGGCAUACAGCAGGGAAACCAUUUUCUUUUAUGCCUACUUUGUGACAAGGACUGUCACUGCUAUGGUUUCUGAUAACUCCAUCAAUUGCCUUGCUCUUGCUUAUGUGGCAGAUAAAGUUUCAGAAGCUCGAAGAACAGCAGCAUUUGGAAUUCUAAUGGGCACUUUCCUAACAGCCUUUGUCUGUGGAACUUUGGCCUCCAGAUUGCUCCCUCUUACUUUAAGUUUUCAGAUUGCGACAUUUAUUUCAAUGCUGGCUGUUGUAUACGCGAGAAUUUUCCUGAAGGAAGCACUGGAAGUUGAUGACUUAUCCCAGCCAAUCCUGAAGACUAGACUCGAUGCCAUUCAACAAGACGGUAACUUAUCUAAGAAGGCUCCAGCAUUCAAGAAGAUAUUAACAAUCGGGGAUGUCAUUUCCUUGCUCAAGAGCAGUGCAACAUUUUCGCAAGUAGCAGUUGUCGCAUUCUUUCACAGUCUUGCUGGGGGAGGACAACAAGAAGCUUCCAUGUACUACUGGAAGGCACGUUUCCACUUCACCAAAAACCAGUAUGCUGAUCAAAUGCUUCUUGCUGGUAUUGCAGGAAUGAUAUCACAGCUGAUUUUCAUGCCUUUGUUGGCACCUGUUGUAUCAGAGGAAAAACUACUUUCCAUAGGACUCUUUAUGGGUUUUAUAUCUAUGUCGCUCUAUAGUAUCGCGUGGGCUAUAUGGGUUCCAUUUGCCACUACAGCAUUAGUUGCUUUUGUUGUUUUCGUGCCUGCAUCUUUAAGGAGCAUUGUGUCCAAACAAGUUGGCCCUGAUGAACAGGGGAAGGCUCAAGGGUGCAUUUCAAGCAUAAAUUCUGUCGCUGCUAUCAUUUCCCCUUUGAUUUUUAGUCCUUUGACAGCCCUAUUCUUAUCUGAAGAAGCACCAUUUCAUUUCCUUGGUUUCAGUAUGUUCUGUGCUGGACUCGCAAUGCUGAUUGCAUUUUUUCAAAGUAUAAUGAUAAAGGUUCCUAGUCCUAUUUCAACUCACAAAUAUAGCAGUGACAGCACGGAAGCUUAGUUCAGAUGACUCGAGUUCUCUCAUUUGAAGGAGGACCGGUUUUCUAGUCUUCACUUGUAUCUCCAUACCUGUGAUGAUGGAGUACAAUGUAUGCCCAAUGGAAAAAAAAACCUGUGAUAAGAUAUGAAAAAAAGUUAUGUAUCCAUAACUAGCAUUUGUAUACUACAUUCUGGGCAAGAAAGUUAGUUUAUGAUAAUACAAAAAAAGUACAUUGAGAUUCAA